AUGAGUGAGAGUAAUGUCUUAGAGAACACUGUGUAAAACUAGCUUAUAAAUGCUAAAAAUCAUGGAAAUUUUGACGCUGAGACUAAGAUUGGGUUUUCAGCCCUUUCAUUUUCCUAUGUCUCUCACGUUACCUACAAAGAACCAUUUUACGUGCUUUCAGAAUCUUAUAACAGCAGAAUAUUCUAAGAACUCUACUCAGAAUGGGAAAUAAAAAAACUAGCGAAACAUUAAUGUGAAGUGACUUACAAAAUAAAAAUGACAUUCACGAAUUCAAUAUACACAUCAAUUACUAACUAAUUCUUUGAAUUCCUGACUAAAAAUAUCAAUUAAAGCUUUGAGUAGAGAUGCUUUGAGGAGUAUUACAAAGGGAAAGAAAUUGAUCAUACUGAGGUAGAAGAACAAUAAAUUGAUUUAAAAGAAAAUGAGAAUAUAGUUAAGGAAAUUAUUGGUGAUCAAUCAAAGACAGAUAAAAAUGACACAGUCGUUGAAAAGGUAUAUGAAGAUUAAUGGAUAUGGGGACUUGGAUCAACUUCAAAAUUAAAUUCAAGAAAGAAAAUGCUUGUUAAGAAUUAAACAGAGUCUUUCUAGAACAACUGGCUAAAUUUAUUUCUCUAGUCGCUUCAACCUUUGAUUACCUAAGGACUCCUAAAAACAAUAGACAUGAAUAGUUUGAAAAAGACUUUGGAAUAAUCAGAGAACCUUAGAAUGGAAAUUAAAAUUAUAUUUGAUGCAUUUGGAUAGUAAGAACAGUUGAAGAGAGUCUAUGCUCAGCAUAUUCAGAGACUUUUGAUGUAAUAAGUUUAUAAUUGA